AUGGCGCCAAGAAGUAUUGGGCACCUGACACAAGCCGCGCUGCUUCUGGGGCUCCAAGGAGUCCUCCAUGGCGGCACUACAUUCGCUCACGAGUAUCGCCCCGAGGGGCCACAAACAGACAUCAUUCCACGACCUCACCUCGGAAAUGUGCCAUACGGGACAAUAAUUGACAAGUGCGUUAAGCCCGGCGUCGUCGCCCUCACAUUCGACGACGGGCCCGCCAUGUACACGGAAGCGCUCUUGAAUCUCCUCGACACAUUCAACGCAAAGGCCACGUUCUUCGUCGUCGGGCUUCAGGACCGCCGCAACAUCCAAGACGAGCCGUGGAGAAGUCUCCUCGUGCGCAUGGACAGGGACGGCCACCAUAUCGCGAGCCACACCUGGACUCAUGUCAACCUCGACAGGCACCUCGUACCCGGCAGGCCAGAAAUCCAAAUGAUGUACAGCGAGAUGGCGUUUCGAAACAUCUUUGGAUGGAUCCCGACUUACAUGCGCGCUCCGUACCUCGCGUGCGGCGGCGACUGCCAAGCCUACCUCGGGGAGCGCGGCUAUCACAUUAUCGGAGUCUCCCUCGACACCAACGACUGGAUGACUCAGGAUCGCAACGUCCUUGAGAAUUCGAAAAUGCUCUUUAACAAGGGCCUAUCGGAGAAGGCCGCAGACAACGGCUACAUUGUGCUGGCCCACGACCCGCAAGCCCAUGCUCUCCAGCUGGCUUCCCACAUGCUUCUGACUGCCAAGACGCGCGGAUACAAGUUUGUCACGGUAGGGGAGUGCCUCGGAGAUCCAAAGGAGAACUGGUACCGCCCGGCCCCCAAGGCCGCGAACCAGGCCGGUGGUGUCCAAGAGCCUGGAUCGUCUCUGCCGGACUCGGCGUCGAGCCCCGGCCCAGAAUCGGGAGCCACGAUGCCGGUAGAGUUCCGUCCAUUCGACGAGCGUGUUGCUGUUAUAGUCUCAAAGGAUGGGCUCUGCGGCCGCAGCAUGGACCUUAUGUUCAAUUACACCUGUGCAGGCUCAUCGUUCGGUGGGUGCUGCUCGUCGUUUGGACAUUGCGGUUCAUCGCGAGUACACUGCGGCGCAGGCUGCAAUGCGGCCUUUGGUCUUUGCCACGGUCUCGAGAAGCCACCGGGAAGUAUUGAGAGUAAUGUCCGCGGAUCUAACGCCGCGCACGAGAAACGCGAGGAGGGAGAAGAGGAAGGAGAGGAGAGCGAGGAACCCUCUGAGGAGGACGAUCUACUAUUUCCGGAUAAGCCUCCAGUCAAGUACCAAUGGUGGGAUUUUGAUUUUGAGGAGAUCAUGAGAGAUUCCGAGAAGACGCAGGUUUCAGACCCUGACGACCCUUGGGCGGAUGGGGACGUGGAGCCGGAUGAACACCCUAAUAAGUUGGAGGAUAUAAAGCCUGCUGAAGAGCCCCAGGAGGAGGACGAGGACGAGGAGGACGAGGAGGAAGAAGAGGAAGAAAAGCAGGGGUGA